CCAACAUAGCAAUGAAACUUCCAUAUCCUACUUAAUAUCAGCCUUUGCUUAAAUUUUUUUUACUACACUUAAACUUACAUUACCAACUUAUAAGAUCUUGAAAUAAUAUCAAUCUUGGAAUAAAAUCAAUAAUAUAUUAUGCUAAAUAGGGCUGGCAGUUCUGAGUCGAAAUUCCCAAUGGACUUUUUGACAAGUGUGAUGUUUGGUUUGAGUUUACUAGCUCGACAUAAGUCGCAAUUAGAGAAAUAGCUUUACAGUAAAUAAUAACACCUUAAGGAACUCACAUAUUUCAAAGUAUUAUUUAAAUUAGUGAAGCAUUUCACAGUACACUCUGCCAAAUAAUAAAACAAAAAAUGUAUCAAGAGUAUUUAAAUCAGCUGCAAUCGUCCAUAGCCCCUCUCUCAUCAGACGAACUCAAGGAUUUACUCAACGAUGACGAAAAGCUAGAUGAGAAAGUGAGUGAAGUACUGGAAAACCUCAAAACACAAAAGGACGACUUACUCAUCGAAAAUCGGUCCAAGGCCGAGAGCAAUAUUGAAAAAGAACCCAGAAUCAUUGAAUUGCGUGGAAAAGUAAAUGAAUUGAUGGAGGAAGCAAAGGAGUCUUGUCAAGCUGUACAGGAGAAAUUACUCGAAGUGAAGGAAAAAUCGGGUAGCGUUAGUCAAGAAGCGGCUUUAGCGUUGAUACAAACAGCUGCUGCUGAAAGCGAAGAAGCAACAGACGCUUUAAUUAAACAAUUCACAGACAAUGAGAUCGGCGUAGAGGCAUUCCUAGACGAUUUUCUUGUUACGCGCAAAACGAUGCACCUACGCAAGCUUAAAGCUGAGAAAAUGCAAGAGCUAAUGCGCAGGCAAACGCAAACGCCACAACGUGGUAAUCCUUUAUUACCAAAUAGUGGAUUUUAUCCGACACCAGGUGUACCUGGCAUGGGUGUACCGUAUCCACUAGGGCCAAUGAUGCCGAUGCCACUACCACGCCCAUACUAGUAAAUAAUGUCCAGCUAUCAAGCACUACCUUUCGAAAGAUUGCGAUAUAUUUAAAAAAGGGUGAAUUAUGUUAGAUAAUCAAGUAGCAGACACCUUUAAACAUAAAUAUCUCAUUUUUAAAUAUAUAGUAUUGUUAAAAUGUUUCGUAGUGAUAAAUGGCUACGAGUCGCAGAAAAUAAAUAAUAAUACAUUUUUAGGCACUACUAAAUAAAAUUAUUUACAAUGAAGAAAAUUACGCGAGAUUGUUUUUGUAUAUUAAAUAUAAAUACCAGUAUAAAAUGACUUUAAGGGCUUCGGUUCAUUGUAAAUUGAAAGUUUUAUUUCUCAAUAAAGUUUUUGUUAGUCUUAUUAAUAUUUUAUAAAA